UUCAUUGUGACUGCGUAGUGAUGUUAAAGUUUUAUCAUAUUAUCAAAGAAAGACAUUUUAUUGGAAAGAAAUUUGCCGGAAUUUGUAAGACAAAUGCUUCACAACUGGGGCAAAAAAAAAAACAACAACAAAAAAAGUCGUUUAAAAAUGAUCAGAAAAAACUUGCAGUUUUGGUGUUGCUCUGGCCCAUUUCUAUUUUUUUUUUUAUCAAUGCACGCUGAUGUCUGGAUGGUUUACAGAGAUAACGAGGUAACGGAAGCAAAAAAGCUUGCAUUAAAUGUUUUCCAGGAUGCAAACCUCGAAGCACACACAGUUCACCUUUUUAAACUUUUUGAAUGACUUUCUCUAUGCCCGUUACUAACACUUGCCAACUGUAAGGUGCUGAAAGAGUAGACCCCCCCCUCCCCGAACCCUCUGGAGUGUGCCUUUGCCUCCGGGGCUAAUCACUUCUGUUCUUCCGACGUCUUAUCUUUUCAUUUUCCUCUUGAGGUUUAACUUUAAGUGGGCUUGGUCUUCGGUGCGCUGAUAGCAACAGUGCAGCUCGCGUGGCUGGACAGCGGCUCCGGGCUCCCAUUGGCUGGCAGUGAUUACAGGCACGCUUCGCAGGGUGAACAAACAACGGGCAUAAAUUAUGCUAAUAAGAUGGUCGUGCGGCACGGGGCAGACCUGAUGCAACUCAUUCAUUCAUCCUUCACAAAAAAUGCCAAAGAGGUAUGGCUAUUGUUUCAUCAGGGUAUAUAAGGGAUCUGACGCCAGUCGUGUGCCAAGCUCGCUUGCUCACACGAGUUGACUGCAGCAGGAUCAAGACAAGACGCGUGCCUUCUCCCUCAGAAACUUCUAUUUUUUUUUCUUUGAUUUUGCCUCCUUCCAAGAAACCUGCAUUCCCGUCACCCAAAACUUUGAAGAGACCAAACAUGUGCACCUCCGUGGAAAACCUGUACUCCGACUUGGACAGCUCCAGUUGCGACCUGUCCUACGUACACACGGAUGACGAGGACUCGCGCAGCAGUUCUCACGGUGCCUCGCCGUCCUCCUCCCUCGACCAGCCGUCCUCACCUGCUAUCUGUCAGGACUCGGCCACCCCGGAGCAGAAGAAGAAACGCCGAGGCCGGGGGAAGAGCGAGGUCGCCGUGCACGUUGUGAAGAAGAACAGGCGGAUGAAGGCCAACGACCGGGAGAGGAACAGGAUGCACAAUCUCAACGACGCCCUGGACAAGCUGAGGAACGUUCUGCCUGCCUUCCCGGACGACACGAAGCUCACCAAGAUCGAGACCCUGCGCUUCGCCCACAACUACAUCUGGGCCCUUUCCGAGACCAUCAGAAUAGCCGACCAGUGUCAAGAGAAGUCCCGGGACCCCUCGCUAAUGCUUCCUGGAAUGGGACGGGUAGCAGAUGCGCCGAGUCCGGGCAGCGACGCUUUCUCCUGGCUGUCAAGCGCAUCCACCUCGUCCUCGCCGUCAUAUUGCACUUCAAACCCCAGCAGUCCGGCGGUUUCGGAGGACUACGGAUUUCUGCAGGCGGACAGCCUGUACAGCUAUCAUAACUUCGCUACAAACAUUUACUGAGCGGCCGGCGAAGCCCGGUGUGGCUGAUGCUCACGUGACCUCAUAAAAAUGUCAACAAUGACGAGAGUUAUCAUUGAAAAUGAGUAAGAGAUGUGGCUGUAACACUAAAUUUGACCCUCCACGCAUUUAAUUACUUCAUAAUGUAGAGGGAAUUGAGAAAGAGGUACCAUAGCUUGCCCAGACGUUUUCACUCUUUGCCUUAAACGUUACUCCUCGACAAACUGUUUUGUAUGUAGAGACCCUCAUAUUUGUAUUCUGCAGAUUUCACUUACUUUUUGCUACUGCAAUUGGCCCGUGUGUUUAUCCACCUACAAAAAAAAUGCUAUAGAACCAACAGGUCUGUGGGAGUUCUCGGACUGAAGCGUUGUCUCUUCUUUUCUAAUUUUCACGCUUUAUUUUUGCACUUUUUGGAACUCCAGUAACCACAGAUAACAAAAACAACCCAACAACUGUCCACUCUGCAAAUCUUGACCCCCCACCUCUAUUAAAAGAAAAUUAGAAUUAAAAAGAAGAAAAGACAGAUUUGCUUUUGCGGACCGAGGUGAAAAGUCAAUUUUACAAUUUGUAGAAUGAUAAUGAAGAAAAACGAGCGUGGAAAUUCGGUUUCAACGCCCUGACAAUAGACUGAAAAGCCCUCAAAAGACAAGGAUCCGGCUUCAUGCAUUAUGUAUUUUGACCUCAGAACACUGUGCUGUCUUCCCUUACUGAAAGACUCAAUCCCACAGAUGAGGACUUUUCCAACAGGCUUCAUAGUUCUUUUAUUUUAAUUUAUUCAACGUGUUGCUUUCAUAUGAAAAUGUAUUUUUAUUGUAUAUAAAGAGAUCUAUUAUGUAUUUACCUCAAAGUUUUUAAUUCUGGCGUCAACAUG